UGGGGCUGCGGCCGGGCGGGGAGGCUCCGUGCUCUUCCCGCUGCUCCGCGGCCGCUGCCCGCGUCCCGAGCCUCCGCGGUAAUGAAGCGGGGUAGCGGCUGCGCCUGCCCGGGCUGCGCGCAGCCGUCUCCUCAUCCCGGGAGGUAGCGGCGGGUCCGCGAUGGCGCCCGGGGGUGACGUCGCCGUGCCCGGGGAGCCUUCGGCCGCUUCCGGGGUGUAACGGGUGUCAGAGGCGUUUCCCCGGCGAGGAGGUGGCGAGGGAGCGCCCGGUAACCGCACGCAGACAUUAGUCUAGAUGCAGUAAACUGGAGGAAAUGGAAGAAAGGAAGAUCAAGAGGAGGAGCCCCAAAUCAUCUUCCAGUCACUCUGCUCAGGUUGCUAACUCCAAGAAAAGCUCAGUGCCAGUCAGUAAAAGUACAGCCUUUUCCAACCCUGCCCCACAGCCUGCUGUACAAAAACCAAAGUUAAAACGCGUAAUCAAAGAGAAAGCCAAACCUCCAGGAGGUGAAGCAAAAGGGGCACAGGCAGCACCAAUCCAGCAUUCUUUUCUCACAGAUGUAUCAGAUGUCCAGGAAAUGGAAAGGGGACUUCUGAGUCUCUUGAAUGACUUCCACUCUGGCAAACUUCAGGCAUUUGGAAAUGAAUGUUCCAUAGAGCAGAUGGAGCACGUGCGGAGUAUGCAGGAGAAACUUGCUCGCCUCAAUCUGGAGCUCUAUGGGGAGAUGGAAGAACUCCCUGAAGACAAAAGAAAACUAGCCAGUGAUUCCAACCUGGAUAGACUGCUGUCAGAUCUAGAAGAACUAAAUUCAUCUAUCCAAAAACUACAUUUAGCCGAUGCUCAAGAUAUUCCAAAUGGUACUACAGGUUGAGAGAGAACAUCUUUGUCAGUCUGGAUUCUCCAGCUUUGCUUUUGUUUUUCUGGACAAUGGAAUCAAGAAGAGUUGUGACUUUGUGUUGUUUUUUAAUUUUACACAACAAAGAAUCAAAGUGCAAAUCUAGGUGUUUAUUUUGCACAUUCCUCUGAGCACUGCAUUAUGUCAGGGCUCAGUACCUAGAGUUGUAGUUAAUUGUGAUGCUGUGCUUUUUAUUAUUGCCUUACUUAACAGAAAAAUUGGAGAAGCUUGGAAAUAUAUUUCUUCUGCUUAGUGCCCAUAUGGCUACAAGUGGUACAUGUAUAUAAGCUCAUUGGCAUUUCUCCAGUUUUUAUGAAGGUAGUGAUAAUGUUGCCUUUCUGAUCAUUACACAGACAAUCUGCUCACUGUCUCUUUAGUGUUUUGUUGAUUGGUGAUGCCACAGAUUAAUUUAUUGUUAAUAAAGUGAAAAGUUUUAAAUAUAUGAUGUUUCAUUUGCAGAAGCUGCUAUUGGUUUGGCUGUGCAGGAAGAUGAGCUUUAGCAUUGUCCAAAUGUUUGCAAAGUUUACGUUUUUCCAUUACUAUGAAUAAUUAUAAAAUCUCACCAAAUUAAAAUUAGCAUGCAUGCUAGCAGUCUACAUAAAUUAAGUAUUGUGAAAUUCCAAAAUUGGGUAAAUAGUUACUGUUCAAUAAAUCCAGGAUAAUCAA